ACCGUAUCCCUUCAUUCAUCAGGCCGUUUCCUGAAGCCAUUUCUAGACGGGGGAACCGAGAGUUGUGCUACUUUUUAAUCCGUUGCAUCUGCCUAAAUGCACCAUCUUAAGGAAAAAUACUUUACAAAAGUCGAUCAAUCAGACUUUCAUCUUUACUUCGGUCUGAUUAUUUGUGUAACUAUUGCGGAGGAUUAGCAGAUAUACGGGCUUGAAAGUACAGAGACAAGAAAGGGGUUACCCUGAAUACGCAAGAUGAGAAGAGGGAUCUCCUCGGCUCCGGACAAAGUGAUUUUAGCGGGGGUUGGGGGCUCUCAUUUGGACAAUAAUAUAAUUUUAACAACUCUCACGGAUCGUUUACACCCCAGUCAAGCCAACGCUACCUAUAUCCAAAUAAUAACCACCCCACCGCCUUGCAACGUUACACAGACAUCAAAUGUGUGUUUAUUGGAUCCUUCGAUAAACAACAUUUACACAACUCCACAACAAGCUGCAGCAAACGGAGCAGGACAACGACCCGCUCUGGGGAGACCGCCGGCAAAGAGGCGGUUGGCGCUCGAUGAUUCAGACCACCAGUACCAGUCAGAACCAACCAGGACUCCUAGAGCCCGAGGGGGGGCCGCGGUGGCCAAUGGGCCACGGCUAAAAACACCCAGAACCCCAAAGUCUCCACCAGAGAAGACUCGGUACGACACCUCUCUGGGCCUGUUGACAAAGAAGUUUGUGGACCUUCUUGCCCAGUCUUCUGAUGGCGUCUUGGACCUCAACCUCGCCGCUGAAACUUUACAGGUACAGAAGAGGCGGCUGUAUGAUAUCACCAAUGUACUAGAAGGCAUUCACCUCAUCAAGAAGAAAUCAAAGAACAACAUUCAGUGGAUGGGGUGUAGUCUGUUGGAGGUAGAGGGGUCUCUGAGCCAGAGACAGAUCCUAACGACAGAAGUUUCCGCGCUGGCAGAAGAAGAGCAGAGGCUCGAGCAACUCAUCCAGAGAUGUAGCAUGGAUAUGAGACACAUGAGCGACUUGCAAAGCAACCAGAAAUAUGCCUAUGUAACAUACCAAGACAUCAAACAGCUUGGAAACCUCAGAGACCAGACUGUUAUUGUCGUCAAAGCGCCCACAGACACCAAACUAGAAGUACCAGACCCUGAUGAGAGUUUAUCCAUCCAUCUGACCAGCACUAAGGGUCCCAUAGACGUCCUUCUGUGUCCAGAUGAGGAAAAUGACCCUAGGAGUCCUGUAAGAAACGGCAGCACGGACAUCAAUGGGAACUCGCCUUUCCUCAAAGUCCUUCAAGGUCCAACCUGCACGACCACUUCUUCAAUCGCCUCCCUAGCUCCACCUUCUUCUUCCUCGGCAGUCUCCGUCACCACUCUGUCCCCCAUCUCGUCCCCUUACACCAGUCUCCUCCAGCAGACAGAAGACCAGAUCCCAGCGUCCCUGGGGCCUUUCUUAAACCUCGGGCCUCCUCUUCUGGACCAGGACGACUACCUUUUAGGUUUGGGAGAUGACCAGGGAAUCAGCGACUUGUUUGACGCAUGUGACUUUGAUAAAAUGCCCUCUCUUGGCCUGGAUGAUCUUCUGUGCAGCUAGCAUUAGCUCAUAAAUUCAGAUUACGUUCAUGGAAGUGUGAUAUAGGAUCAGUGAGGGUUUGGAUGCCUCUGACUGACUGUGUAGUUAGUGAAACCCAUUCUUAAUAGAUGGAAAGGAAUCAUUGAAGCCUUUUUUCCAUCCCAGUGGGGCUAAAUGCCAUCUUCUGUCAUGGUGUAAGGAAUAAAGGGCCUUGCAUGAUUUCACACAAAGACACAACUGGUCAGAGUUAAGACCUAUCCCUACUCUUUGUCUCAGCCUCUGUAAGGCCUCCUGUAGCUGGGCGUUGGGGUCAAUCUGAAAGUUUGUCUGUUUUAUGUAUAAAUAAGGAUAGGAAGGAUAUCCACAUCUCUGUAUGACGUUAUGUCCAUGUGAUAUCACUGUACAGAGACGAACAAAGACAGGGCAGAUCUGAAGGUAAAUCCCCCACACCACCUGACAUUAACACAAAUAUUUCGACCGUGCUCAGGAGUAAUGCAGAGACAAAUGUGUUUACUGUUUUAAAUCUUGAAGGAUCCUGCAAUAAUGAGGAUUUAACAAGCCUGUAAAAUGUUGUUUUGGCAAAAAAGAAAAAGACUGGGUUGAUCUGUGCAUUCCCAGUGAUGCAUUUUAUUGUCAGGUGUCAAAAUUCAUCCGGAUGUGUUAAUGCCAUGUGCUGCUGGGCCUAAUGCUUGCAUUCUAUUACACCAAGGCUCUGAUUGAAAGCUCAUGCUUCUGACUGUAACGUAGGCAUUUUGUGUGUUCAAAUGUAAAACAUUUUAGAAAGGAAAACUAAAUAUAAAAAUAAAACAACUAUUUUGAUA